CUCGCCCAUCGACCACCAUGAGCAGAGCGGAUAUUAUGACCAUCAGUGGGUUCUAUUGCUUCACAGACAUCUGGUUGGAGUGGGAAAAGGUCUUGACGGAGGAGCAGAAAGAGCCAACGAAAGCCAUGUUUGCGUUCGAGACCCUCGUCCAUCCAGACCACCCGCUUCGACGCAACGGUUGUGAUGGCAUCGAACUGAGCAUCGGCACUUUGAACAACGGCGAAGCCCGUCUGCUGUACUCCUCUGCCCAGAUCGACUACAUCAGGCUGUGGCUCGUCAAGACAGGACUGACGAAGGAGAUGAUACCGCUUCCGUACAACGCUUGCAUGCUCACGUCCUCUAACCUCCAAAACUGUGCCCCUGCCAUAUUCAAGACCGCAGCGGAACUUAAGAAAGCCACGAGAGAUAUCGACAAGAACAACAAACGACUGAAAAAAGGCGUCGCGCUAGCCACCUCCCUCCAGAACCGUCGUUUCAAUUUCGAACGCAUCCGUGCUCUCUGGUCCGAGAAAUGCGGCUCGUGGUGCGCCAUGGACUUUGAGGCGUACGAGUGGGAGCACACGACGGUGACGGAGUUCGGCUGGAGCUACGUGACGUUCGUGAAUGGCGAGCCGGACGAGCAGUCGGGACAUUCGAUCGUGAAAGAGAAUCGACAUCUGAUCAAUACGAGAUGGGUGCAGGGCAAUCGAGAUAACUAUAGCUUUGGCGAGAGCGAGACUAUACCCAAGAAGGCUUUCGCAAAGCGGAUAAACGACAUGAUAGACACACUCGCAAAGAACGGCCCAGUCUUCCUCAUCUUCCACGACCACAGCCAAGAUGUCAAAUACCUCCGCUCAAACUACGUCAACGCCGCCCUCCUCGGCCUCUCCUACCAGCUCCCCAGUUUCUGCGAAUCAGCGUCCAGCGGCGCCAAAGCCGGCCAACCAUCGCUCUACGUCGUCGACACAGCCGACCUCUUCGCUGGCUUGGAAGGCGAAGGGAGCACGCAAACAAAGGGUCUCGAGCGGAUAUGCAGGCAUCUCCAAAUCCCGACGCAAUACCUCCACAACGCCGGGAACGACGCAAGGUUCACUUUCCUCGCAUUCAGGUCUAUGGCCGAAGGCGGUCCUCUCGACGCCCAGCGCGAAAUCCGCUGGCCUAAUCAUACACCGGCUGAAGCUGUGAAAGUCGAGUGGGGAAAGUAUGAGGCAGAUAGUAAUGCGAGUGUGAUAGAUGACGAUGAACUCUUUGACCAUUUCUAUUCCGAUGAGCCUGAGGGGGAGUAG